AUGAAUGCCCUGAUUCGAAGCGCCGGCAAGGCUGAGAGGGCCUUGCCCAGACGCCUGGCAGCUCCUGCAUACCGGGGACUUGCACAGAGCCGCAUCGCGCAGACGCUUCCUGCGCAGACUCUUGCCGGGGCGCAGACGCUUCUCGGCGCAAUUCAGACGCCCCUACGGUCGCAAUUUCUACCCAGCGAGAUUUCGGUCCUCGGGAGCAGGCUACUUCACACCAGCCAAAGACUACAAGAAAAGUCAACCAACGAAGCCGAGGCAAAGACCAAAGAGGCCAAGGCCACGGAGGCAAAGGCACCCAAUGAGGAGGUAAAGGAGGAAGCGAAGGAGGAGGCGAAAGAGGAGGCCAAGGAGGAUGGCCAAGGAAAAGAAGAGGGCAAGGAUGGCGAGAAAGAUAAGAGCAAAGAAGGCGACGCCAAUGCCCCUCCUCCACCCCAUGGCGACAAGACUCCCUGGCAAGUAUUCAUGGAAACCAUGAACACUGAAUUUCAGGCUUCGAAAGAAUGGAACGAGUCGACCAAGCAAAUUGGCGCCGCCGCUCACCAGUUCAACGAGAGCGAAGCCGUCCGCCGAGCCCGCGAAGCCUACGAAAAGUCAACCGGCGCCGUAUCGUCGACCGCCGCCAGCGCAAUCAAAUCGACCGCUGGUGCAAUUGGUAAGGGCGCCUCGUGGACCUGGGAAACCCCCGUCAUGAAGGGUGUCCGCAAAGCUGCCAACGUCACCGGUGACGCCAUGGACAAGGCGACCAAGCCUAUCCGCGACACCGAAGCCUACAAGAAUGUCAAGGAUGUCAUUGACGAUGGCAGCUCCUCCCGCUACGGCGGAUGGGUCGAAAAGGAAGAGCGUCGCCGCCGCAGGGAACUCCGCGCCAAGUCGCAACCCCAACAAGUCCUCCAAGAAGACCCCGAGGCCGGCACCAACGUCACCCUGCACAAGGACGCCGCUUGGAAAGAGGCAUGGAGAGAUUUCCGCGACCAAAACAAGGUCGUCCAGGGCAUCUUUAGCAUGAAGGGCAAAUACGAGGAGUCCGAGAAUCCUCUGGUUUCGACCGCCCGCAGCAUCACUGACCGCAUCGGUGGGUGGUUUGCUGAAAACGAGACGGCCAUGGUAGUCAAGAAAUUCCGCGAAAUGGACCCCAGCUUCCAAAACGAGGCUUUCCUCCAGGAGCUGCGCGAAUAUAUUCUGCCCGAGGUCCUCGACGCUUACGUCAAGGGCGAUACCGAGACAUUGAAGCUGUGGCUGUCGGCGGCGCAGUACUCGGUCUACGAGGCGCUGACGAAGCAGUAUCUGCAGGCUGGCAUGAAGUCGGACGGUCGCAUUCUCGACAUUCGCAAUGUCGAUAUUCUGCGCGCUCGCAUGCUCGACCCUGGCGAGGUGCCCGUCUUUAUUAUCACCUGCCGAACCCAAGAGGUUCAUGUAUACCGCAACGCCAAGACCAACGAGCUGGCUGCGGGCAUGGAGGACAAGGUGCAACUGGUCACCUAUGCCAUUGGUGUCACGCGUGUGCCCGAAGAUGUCAACAACCCCGAAACGAGAGGCUGGCGUCUGAUUGAGAUGCAAAAGAGCGGACGAGACUGGUACUAG